UAUCAGUUCAACUGCUACACAUCUACCUAUCUACCUACUGUUCUCUACAAUCCACAGCAACUAUGUGCAAAGGACUAACAUUACUGCCUACCACCUGCCUGGAAAGGUAUAUAGAACUCUUUUUUACCAUCCACAGGUUUACUGUUGCUGUCUUUGGCAUUUGGAUUAAAGGAUUAAAGGGGAUAAUUAUUGGGUGUUGUAGCUUCUGUAAUGGUGAAAGUGAAGGCGGUUUUGGUGGAUUCUAAAUUUAGACCUUGCAGCGUGGAGACGUGUCUAGAUUAUUUUGUGAUUAGUUUGUAGCAAAAUAUUGUGCUGAACAAUGACUCAAUUCAAGGACUUGUGGAGUAUUUAUCUAACCUAUGACGUUAUUCGCUCUCUCUAGGGCCAAGGAACUAAAAGCAAGGCUGGGCAGCUUUCUGCAAAAACCCGACUGGAGUCUAGCAAGCUUCAAAAUAGGCAAAACUAGACCUACUCUGGAACAAUGCAUGAGGUGGAAAGAGUCUUUCGAAAAGCUGUUGUCCAAUAAACGUAAGUAAACCUUACUCUUCACUGCACAAACACACGCACACAUACACACGAUUAGCCUAGUUCUACAGAGAUGCAACAGAAAUAAACCUUUAUGAUUAGAGUAGGGCAUUUUGUCAAAUUUUAGCCCCAGAUUUUAGCCCCAGUAUUACUGACCACAUCACACAGCCGCUGUUGUAGAUUAGAACACACGUGCUGGCACUGUGCUGGUGGCUAUACCACAAGAUACAGACACAUGCAUACACAUGUGUACACACACACACACACAGUAGAUAAUGCAAGGACACAGAUGCUAGGAUAGCCCACUGCACAGCAUCAUUGUUAUUGCACUGUACCAAUAUUAAUCUCUCUCUCUCUCUUUCUCUCUCUCUUCAUCAGAUGGACUGAUGGCCUUUACAGCUUUCCUGGUGUCAGAGUUCAGUGAGGAGAACAUUGCGUUCUACGUUGCCUGUGAGGACUUCAGGAACACUAAGUCUGCUGCCAAGCUGGAGGCCAAAGCCCAGAGAAUCUAUGAUGAGUUCAUCUGCACCGACGCACCCCGAGAGGUAUGCAUCCCUCAACAGCUUGCUUUAUUCUCCCUCACCUAUGGAAUUUGCAUAGCAUCCCACAUUCAAUAAUCUUAAUUAUAACUCAAAAGUGAAAAAUAAAAAACCUUCAUUCAGACUGCAGCAGAUGACUAACCUCACUCUCUCCAUUCUCUCUCUCCAGGUGAACAUUGACCACGAGACUCGUGACAUCACCAGGGCCAACCUAAAAGAUCCAUCUACAUCCUGUUUCGACAUGGCCCAGCAUAGGAUCUACCUUCUCAUGGCCAAGGACUGCUACCCUCGCUUCCUUCGUUCCCCGGCUUACAAAGACCUGAUCAGCCAGCUCCGUGCCAAGUGCACAUCCACCUCCAAGAAGGCGUGAAUUAGUAACAGAGGACCUAGUGUGGUCGUCUAAAGUUUAAACAGAAAAGGAAUGCAUCGCCCUUGAGCAUUGACUGGGCAUGAAGCCUCAAGACCGGAAUUGUACAGAUGGACGAAUGUCUCGUCAUGAACCAGAAGUUCUGGUGCCAGCUACUCUGAAAAAUGAUGAGUGUCAAUCACCAUAAAGCUCUGAAGGAGAGAAAGAGAAAAGGCAGAUGGAGUGAUACCCCAUGAGGACGGAAGUUGAGACUUGAACAAGAACUGUGAUGGCAAUAUCACCACAUGAUGUGGACUAUCAUCAGUGAAUGUACAGAGACACAGAGUGGGCUGAAGGAAGGGUGUAAAGGAUGCAUUGACAAUUUGCAUUGACAAGUUGGACAUUUACAAUCAAAGACACACUGUUAUAGUGUCCCAGUUUGCUGCAUCAAUGUCUAACACUGUGUUCAUGACUAGGCAUGUUUUCUACAUGUUUUUUAAUGCAAAUAGAAACUGAGUAUUUAUUAUAUUUAUUUGUUUCUACUCUGUUCUGUUGUCUCUAUGUUUUAAUUAUUGUGUUUGAAAAGACCAACAAAUGAUGAAAAAAUUGUGCAAUAUAUUUCUACUGUUAACUGAUUUGUGAUGUUUUUUUACUGGAAAAAAUAAUAUGUUAUUUGAAUAAAAAAC